AAUCACGGUUUGUUCCAAACUCUUCAUUGCUCAACACUUGUCGGACACAUACCCCUCCCUGUUCUUCGUAAUUGUUAAAAGGGUCUCUUAAUUUGUGUUCCCUGUCACAACCAUCACAAUUCACAAACCACAGAGAAAAGAGAGGGAAGAAAGGAGAAUAACAUUGAUAAUAAUAUUAAUACUAAUAUUAAUAAUAUAAAAAAAGGUGAAUAGUUGAGAAAGAGGAGUUGGGAGCAUGGAGAAUCACAAGAUGGUAGCAUCGGUGUCUGUUAAGGAGGAGAUAGACAAUAACCUUGCGGUGCAGGAAGAGGAAGAUGUAGCAGAUGUGGGUUCCAGCAUGACCUUGGAAAGGGUCGCUGCAGCUAAGAAAUUCAUUGAGGACCAUUACAGGUCUCAGAUGAAACUCAUCCAACAACGCAAAGAGAGGCGUUUAGAGCUAGAACAGAAGUUAGCAUCUGCUCAUGUACCAGAAGAGGAACAGAUCAAUCAAUUGAAGGAUUUAGAGACCAAGGAAACGGAGUUUAUGCGGUUAAAAAGACACAAAAUAUGUGUUGAAGAUUUUGAACUUCUAACCAUUAUUGGGAGGGGAGCCUUUGGGGAGGUAACACUCUGUCGGGAAAAAACAUCAGGUAAUAUAUAUGCCAUGAAAAAGUUGAAAAAAUCUGAAAUGCUCAGCAGGGGACAGGUUGAGCAUGUUAGAGCUGAAAGGAAUGUACUUGCAGAAGUUGCCAGUGACUGCAUUGUGAAACUCUAUUACUCUUUUCAAGAUGAUGAACACUUAUAUCUCAUAAUGGAAUAUUUGCCCGGUGGUGAUAUAAUGACUUUGUUGAUGCGGGAAGAAACUUUGACUGAAACUGUGGCUAGAUUUUACAUUGCCCAGAGUGUUUUGGCCAUAGAAUCUAUUCAUAAACAUAACUACAUCCACAGAGAUAUAAAACCUGACAACCUUCUAUUGGACAAAAACGGUCACAUGAAGCUAUCAGAUUUUGGUCUGUGCAAGCCACUUGACUGCUCAAGCCUAUCAUCUAUUCAUGAAAUGCAGAUCCUCGAUGAUGGGAACUUAUAUGAUACCAUGGAUGUUGAUGGAGCCUUGCCAAAUGGCAGAAAUGGUAGGCGCUGGAAAAGUCCCUUGGAACAACUACAACAUUGGCAAAUUAAUAGGAGGAAGCUGGCAUUUUCCACUGUUGGAACUCCAGACUAUAUUGCCCCUGAAGUAUUACUGAAAAAGGGUUACAGUGUGGAGUGUGACUGGUGGUCUCUUGGUGCUAUACUGUAUGAAAUGCUAGUUGGAUAUCCUCCAUUUUACUCUGAUGAUCCUGUAACAACAUGCAGAAAGAUCGUGAACUGGAAAAAUCACUUGAAAUUUCCAGAGGAGGCCAGAUUGACACCUGAAGCCAAGGAUCUAAUAUGCAGGUUGCUUUGUGGUGUUUCACAUAGACUUGGCACUAAUGGAGCAGAUGAAAUUAAAGCUCAUCCUUGGUUCAGAGAUGUCGUAUGGGACAGGCUCUAUGAAACGGAGGCAGCAUUUAAACCACAAGUCUUUGGAGAGCUUGACACUCAGAAUUUUAUGAAAUUCGAUGAAGUUGAACAACCAAAACCAGCUAGAUCUGGAUCUGGACCCUUCAGAAAGAAACUCUUAACUUCUCAAGAUCUCAGUUUUGUUGGCUAUACAUAUAAGAACUUUGCUGCUGUCAAGGGGAUGCGUCAAUCUAAUGAUCCAGGUAGCAUGUCACCACAGCGAACAUCCAUUGACUCCACACACAGUGAUUCGGCGGUAAACUAUUCCAACUGAAUGGACAUCACAAAAUCAUAGAUGGUUGCAUCCUCUGGUAACACCUCUUCUCAUGCGAACAAUGACCCUAAUUUUUUUCAUUUCAAUUUUCAUGUAUAGACCUGUGUAGAAAAUUAAUGAGCAUGGUGAUGGACAAGCCUGCUUAUUUUUCAACCCAAGAUUACCUUACCUUUAGUGCCAACAACCACCUAUCAUGCAUAAAUUAGUGUACAGGGAUAUCUGCAUCACUAGUGACUCCAUAUGUGAAAGUUUUGAAGUUAAAAGUAUGUGUAAUCGUAAACUUGUCACUCGGUCUUGACCACUUGUGCCGAGGUUAGCAAAGAAACACGUGCCAUCACUUGUGGCAAGCAAAUUCUCCUUUUCUUUUACCUCUCAAUCCACCUCUUUUCCGUAGCCAGAGUUAUUUACCUCCCUAAUGGUAUCUACACUUAAGCAACCUUUUGCUUCCAUCAAGUUAGAUGCAGGUCAAGUUGUUGAGUUAUGACAAUGUAAUGUGUUGACAUAAUGACAACAUCGAGUGAUAUCAAUGGCAGUUUUAUUCUCAUUCCUAGAGCGAUUGUCAUUGAAUCGAUGCUACAUGAGCUUCCUAUCUAUUCACGUGUCGCUUCCCUAGCAUUCUGCUUUGCUGCAGUAUACCACUUCAGAGAUUGUUGUUUGCGUAAUGCCAACGAGAAUGGCAAUAAUGUGCAAAAUCUUUUGUAUCUAAACUUCUGAAGACUUGAUUUCUUUAUAUUCUUUUUACAACAAUUUGCUGAUUAAAUGUACUUGGAAAAGACAUCCCCCGAAUGAACAUAAUAUAUAGCAUAUUUUUAACCGUUCAUUAA